AAAGCACGUGCAAAGCAAAGUCGCAAAAAGUUCCUAAACACGCACCACAAGUCGUUCGUUGCGGUUCGCGCGUUCCAUUUCAAUAAAUUUAGGUGAAAAUCCGCAAAAAUCUUGUGCCCGUGAUCGCUUUCCUGACGAAAAAAAUGCCGGACAAGCUCAGCAUAUACGACGUGGGCGAUCGGUACGAUAUAUCCGAGUCGGAGAACGAGUACGACGAGCGUGAGAAGAAACUGCUGAAGAACAUCCGCAGCAGCACUGGCAAAGGUCGGCGGCGGCAGGAUGAAGAAGACGAGGAAGUGCUCGGAUUCGAUGACGAUGAUGAUGAGGAAUAUGACGACAACGAGGAGGAUGACUUCGAUGAGAUCCGGAAGUUUGAACACGACAGCGACAUUGAGGAUAAGGAGGAUGAUGAUGAUUUGCCGGAUAGGAAAGCGUGGGGCUCCAAGGCGCGGGCUUUCUACGGGGCGGAUUACGUUGAUCAGGAUUACGACAGUUUGACGGCGCAGGAGGAAGAGCGGGCACGGCUGGAGGAAAUCGAAGCGAAGGAGAUUCAGCAGCGCUUGGCCAAGGAGCUGAACGAGGCGGACUUUUCGUUGGAUGUUUUUGUGCCGGAGCAGGAAGUGGUUGAUGAGAAGAAGAGUGGAAAGAAGAAAAAGGAGAAGACGGAGAUUAAGCUGAAGGCGGAUUUGUCGGACUUGAGUGAGCGACAGAAGAGGGAGCUGUUUCGCAAGGAAGCACCGGAGUUCGAUGGGUUGGUGGAGGAUUUCGAGAGGAAUUUGGAGGAGUGUCAUGAAGUGUUGGAACCGGUGUUGAAGUAUCUGAAGGAGAAGGACGUUAAGGAUCAUCCGUUUGUGGAGCUGUUGAGGAUGCGAUAUAAGAUGGGAUUGAGCUAUUGCAACAAUAUCGGUUUCUAUCUGCUGCUGAAGUCGAAGAAGAUGAAAGUGAAGAACCAUCCGGUGGUGAAGCGAAUGGUACAGAUGAAGCAGCUUCUGGUGGAGUUGGAGCAAAAGUAUGAGAACUCGAUCAAGUCGCAGGUGGAGGAGCUUCUGGGACACAUAGCAGCUGGAGAUGAGUUGGUGUUCGAAGAGGCGCCGCUUGCGGUGGAGAAAUCAAAGCAGAAGAAGAAGAAGCUUUUGAUGUUGGAGGAUAUGGAGGAAGGCGAUCAGGUGGGAGAUGAAGAUGAGAUCGGUGAUUCAGAGGAGGAUGGUUCAUCGGAGGAGGAUGAACCGUCAGCAAAGAAGGUUCGAUUGGAAGAAAGUGAUUCUGAGGAGGGGCAGGAACAAGGAGAUGAAGAAAUGGCACCGGAGGAAGGUGAUGAAGAAGCGACAGAGGGAGACAGCAAGCGCAAAAUCACGUACCAAAUGGCCAAGAACAAGGGUCUCACAGCGCGCAAGAAGAAGGACCAGCGCAACAUUCGGGUCAAGAACCGCCGGAAGUUCCAGAAGGCUCUGGUGCGACGGAAGGGAACGGUCCGAGCCGUUCGAACGGAAACGACGCGCUACGCCGGAGAGGCGACCGGAAUCAAGGCUUUCAUCAAGAGGAGCAUCAAAAUCAAGUAAUGGUAAGCGUUAUAUUAUUGAUUCUUUAUUGUUAGGUUUAGAACAGGUUCACAAAAAUAUACACUUUGUGAUGGUAAUAAUUCUGUAAGGAUUGUAA